GUGUCCCGGCCCCGGCUCGGGCCGUCCCCAGGUGCCCUGGACAUGCCCAGCUUUGCCUUUGACCCCGAUGAGUUAGAGGAGGAGGAGGCCUUGGAGACCCAGCGCUCCCCUAAGAGUAGCGUGAGCAGUGUCACCACCCCCCCCGCCCACAACAAGCGCAUCCCCUUCUUUAGGAAGGCCGAGCACGUGCCCCCCUACGACGUGGUGCCCUCCAUGCGCCCCAUCAUCCUCGUGGGGCCGUCGCUGAAGGGCUACGAGGUCACGGACAUGAUGCAGAAAGCCCUGUUCGACUUCCUGAAGCAUCGCUUUGAUGGCAGGAUCUCCAUCACGCGGGUCACGGCCGACAUCUCCCUGGCCAAGCGCUCCGUGCUCAACAACCCCAGCAAACACACCAUCAUCGAGCGCUCCAGCACCCGCUCCAGCCUGGAUGUCUUGGCCGAGGUGCAGAGCGAGACCGAGCGGAUCUUCGAGCUGGCCCGGACGCUGCAGUUGGUGGCCCUGGACGCCGACACCAUCAACCACCCGGCCCAGCUGGCCAAGACUUCCCUGGCCCCCAUCAUCGUCUACAUCAAAAUCACCUCCCCCAAGGUGCUGCAGCGCCUGGUGAAGUCGCGGGGCAAGUCGCAGGCGAAGCAUCUCAACGUGCAGAUGGUGGCCUCGGACAAGCUGGCGCAGUGCCCACCUGAGAUGUUUGACAUCGUGCUGGACGAGAACCAGCUGGAGGAGGCCUGUGAGCACCUGGCCGAGUACCUGGAGGCCUACUGGAAGGCCACUCACCCCCCCAGCAGCAACCCCCCGAACCCGCUGCUGAACCGCACCAUGGCCUCGGCGGCGCUGGCCGCCAGCCCCGCGCCCGUCUCCAACCUCCAGGUACAGGUGCUCACGUCCCUGCGCAGGAACCUCAACCUGUGGGGCCGAGAGGCCACCCCCAGCCCCCCCGGAGCCCUCGAGGACGCGGCGCUGGGCCGGGUUUAUCGGCACUAG